AUUUCCAAGAUGGCGGCCGGUCGAGAGGAGGGUGAGGGGAUUGGGGACUAUGUUAAAUUCCAACAUGGCCGCUAAUCGGGUGCUUUUUUUUAGGUUCAAAACAGCUCAAUAUUUGGGCAAGAAUUCAUUGGAUUUCUUGUGUAUUUUGCGGAGAUUUUAUGCACAGAAUGUAGCUUCAGCCGUGCCACAAAAACCAACGGAAAUAUCCCAGGAAAGAGGUAAUAUAUCCCCUACUGAAUGUGAGCAAAUAUAUCAUUUGUACACAGAAAUUUAAAUUCCCCUGCAUUUAUAUGUGGCUUUUUGACAUUUAGCUGCUCCAGGCAAUGAACAAAACAAAAGAAAAUUUAGGGUAAGUCAUAGUAGUGUAGCCAGCCCGACGAUUUAGUCCCGCUAUGCAAAUAUUUUCGUGUUCAUUGACUGUGAAAACAAUCAAUUUCUAAAGAAAUGAAUAAUCAAUGAUAAUAAUAAGUCAUCGGUUUCUGUUCUUAUGGGACAGAAAAGCCCUAAAAACAGUAAAAUGUAUAAGACACUUUGCAGCUUUAAUGAUAAGAUAUCAUUCAUUUCGAUCCAUAGAUCCGUCCUAAGGCUGAACGACUGGACAUCGACAAAGUAGACUGGCCUUCGUUUUAUUCCACGGCAAGCUCUUACAACUCGUGGCUCGUACCACUUCCGCUGAGGAUGGGGCGAAGCCGACACAACAAGGUCGGCGGUCUCCCGCUUCGGGACAUGGGAAAUAUCGAACUGUUGAAGGUUAGUUGACCUUGUAUCUUUGGUUUGAACAAAACACCGAGAUACGCCAAAUAAGUGGACAUGAACUAACGGGUGUCCCCCCCAAAAAGAUCAUUGCAUUCAGAAAGGACUAACUUAGAUUUUGAUAUAUAACACUUGAAUUUACAUGCAAUAUUGACUGUGCUAUUGACAUUUGAACUUUGAACUACUGUUUUUGAAAAUGCCAAAAAUUAGCACAAAUUUUUUUGCAUUUUCGAAAACAGUAGUUCAUCUGUAUAUCGGAUAUAUGUAUCGGUAACUAUUUUGUACGAAUGUAAUUUGUAAAUUUUAUGCAAUUCAGCUGUAGUAGCUGCGAAGUAAAAUUCUAUUAAACUAUCUAUCUAUCUAUUUAUGCGGUGCAUUGACGUAGCGAAUUUAAUGUUUUGUAGAUUCCCAACUUUUUUCACCUGACACCUCCAGCAAUUGAAAGACAUUGUGAAGCCCUAAAAGGUU